AUGACUGGUGCCCUAAUUGCUCACGCGCCCGGAGUGAAUGAGCCUGCACAAGCCCAGUUCGUACCCGACCUUCAAGGGGCUGCGAAUGACUACGAGCCUCUCGUGCGAGCACUCGAAAUAUGGGUCACCUCAGACCUAGCCCGCAAGCAGAGUUUCGAUACCGCAAUCCGAACGGCACAGUCCUAUAAUGUCCCAGAGAUGCAGCGCUUAGAGAGUCUAGACGACUAUUUACAGGUCAUUAACGAUCUUCUUCGCUGGGUCCCAGCUGAGGCGGUCCGACCCAGAGACCUUCUCUUGCACACGGCGACAAUGUGGUUCGUACUCGACCAGCCGUCGGUAGUUCAGUACCAGGGCUCGAACCGGCCUAUGAUCGGCGCUUACAACGAGCCGUCGCCGGGUCUUACCUGGCUUUCACGGUGGAUAGUUAGCUUCAGCAAUCAGUUCGGCAGGUGUAUGGAUACACCGGCUUCUGCAGCAAAGCUGGACACGUUCAGGUCAAACCCUGCCUACCGCAUCGAUGACUAUAUCGAGCCCCACGGAGGAUGGAAGACGUUCAACGAGUUCUUCGCGCGGCAGGUCAAGCCUAGUCGACGGCCUAUUGAGGGCAUUGCGGAUAGCAUGGUAGUAACGAGCACCGCGGAUUUCAAGUUCGUAGAGAUGCAUCGUAUCACGGCCGAGUCAACAGCGACAAUCAAAGGAUCUUCGUGGACAAUCACACAAAUGCUCGCGGGCUCACCUUAUAAGGAGCGUUUUGCCAACGGGAUAUGGCUCCAUGGCCGUCUAAAUGUGGAAGACUAUCAUCGCGUGCACGCCCCUGUUGCUGGAACGGUCCUGGAAUCACAGACGAUCCAUGGUCAAAGCUACAUGCAGAUCAAGUCUCCCUCGCUCGGCGAUCCGACCGGUCUAACCGACAAUGAACUGACUGUCAUUAACGAACUGGGUCGUUACUUUUGCCAAUCUAGGGGGCUGGUUGUUAUAGACACCGGCUUCGGCUUGGUAGCGGUUGUGCCAGUUUCGACCGCGAUUCUACCGUCCGUUAUCCUUACGGUAGAGGUCGGGACCGAAAUGCACAAGGGUGAGGAGCUGGGUUACUUCCACUUUGGAGGUUCCGAUGUGGUUCUUAUCUUUGAGGACCAGUUGAACUUCAGUAAUGGUAUGGAGGAGGGGAAGCAGUAUCAGAUGGGGACGCGGAUUGGACGAUUUGAACUAUCUAGGGAAUAG